GACGUUGAACCCUGCAGGCCCACAGGCCCCUCCACACUUCCUGUGUGGGGUUCAGAAAUCCGCCUCCCCUCCCAGCCCUAGGUGCCUGCUUCGGAAAAUGAAGUAAUAAGCCAACUGGCCUCCGCCAUCUUAGGUUAAGUUAGAGUCCAGUGGAAAAAAAGAUGCAGUCGGGGAAUCUCUGGAGAGUUCUGGGACUCUGCCUCUUAUCAGUUGGUGCUUUUGGGCAAGAAGAGAAUGAAGAUAAUGCAUAUAAAAUCUCCAUCUCCGGAACUAGGGUAGAGCUGACAUGCCCUAAUAAUCUUGAAUAUGAAGUAACAAAUUGGAAGCACAAUGGUGAACUAAAAAAUCAACAAGGGAAACGCCUAAUACAAGAAGAUUUUUCAGAAAUGAAACACAGUGGUUAUUAUCAUUGCUACAGUACAAGCACCUCGGAGAAGUAUCACAAUUAUCUCUACCUAAAAGCAAAAGUGUGUGAGAACUGCGUGGAAGUGGAUCUGACAGCACUAGCUGCAAUCAUCAUAGUUGACAUCUGCAUUACCCUGGGCUUGCUACUACUGGUGUAUUACUGGAGCAAGAAUAGAAAGGCCAAGGCCAAGCCUGUGACCAGAGGAGUAGGUGCUGGCAGCAGGCCCGGUGGACAAAACAAGGAGAGGCCACCACCUGUUCCCAAUCCAGACUAUGAGCCCAUCCGGAAAGGCCAAAGGGAUCUGUAUUCUGGACUGAAUCAAAGAGGCACCUGACAGCUCCUGAGGACACCGCAUCACCCAUUGGCCCAGGCUUGGCUCCUUCCUCCCCAGGCACCCUGCUACUCCAUUUCCUGGGCAAGUCUUGGAUGCCACAGGAAAACUGUCCCUCUGCCUACUGUAGAACUAACUCACACCUGCAGCCUUGUUCCCUCCCUCUUUCCAGUCUUCCUUGCUGGAGCCUAGUCCUAGGGUAUUGCUGCUUCAUUGUUCUUUGAAAUAUCAUUGCUACUCACCCCCUCACACCUGGCCUGCACUCUUGUCAAGAUAUUUAUUUCUGCUACUCACCACACUGCCAAUUCCUUUCUCUCCUAGUGGAUGUUACUUCUCCCUUCAGUGCCCUCCUUUUCCUGCCUAAAAGUUGCCCCCAACCCUAACUGUUCCAUCUACCUUUCUACUGUUGCAGCUCUCUAUCGACCCUCUGUGGGAAUACACUGCUGGGUGAAUGUUGGCAGAGGUCUUGACCCCUGUCACAAACAUUGGCCCAGAGCCAGCCCUUUGUUUUCUCUCCCCUGUCUGCACUGUAGGCUCCCCGGUGGUCAUUUCCAUCUCCAUAAAUGUGCUAGGCUCCUUGUCAGCUGGGAGAGAAAAGAAAUAAAGUGUGUUUGGCUAAAAGAA